AUGAUCUUGAAAUUAUCCUUCCUCUCAGCUUUGCUACACCUAUUUUUCUUAUAUUCAUCCAUUUUUCAUUUUCCAUUCUUUAUUCUUCCUGCAUUCAUUUUACAUUCUCUCCCCCCACACUCUCCUUUCUUUUUGUGCUUUUCCCCAUGCACACAUUUCUUGCUCUCUCUCACUUCCUCCUUCCAUGCACACAUUUCUUUCCCCCUCUGUCUCCUCCCAUGCUCUGUUUCUUUCUCACUCCUUCCAGGCUCUGUUUCUUGCACUCUCUCUCUCUCCUUCCAUGUUCUGUUUCUUGCUCUUUCUCUCCUUCAUUGCCCUGUUUCACAUACUCUCUCUCUCCUUCAGUGCUCCAUUUCUUGCUCUCCCUCUCUCUCCUUCAGUGCUCCAUUUCUUGCUCUCUCUCUCACUCUCCUUCUCUUUUCUCUCUCCCACCAAACACAGUUUCCCAUACUUUUUCUCUCCCACCAUACACAAUUUUUCUUUUUCUGUCCCUUUAUACACAAUCUCUCUCUCUCUCUUUUUCUCACUCUCCAUACACAAUUUCUCUCUCUUUUUCUCCUCUUUUACACAAUUUACACAAUUUCUCUCUCUUUUUUCUCUCUUUUCUCCUUUACACAAUUUCUCUCUCUUUUUCUCACUCUCCAUACACAAUUUCUCUCUCUUUUUCUCACUCUCCAUACACAAUUUCUCUCUCUUUUUCUCACUCUCCAUACACAAUUUCUCUCUCUUUUUCUCACUCUCCAUACACAAUUUCUCUCUCUUUUUCUCACUCUCCAUACACAAUUUCUCUCUCUUUUUCUCUCUCAUUACACAAUUUUCUCUCUCUUUUCUCCUCUCCUUUACAAUUUCUCUCUCUUUUUCUCACUCUCCAUACACAAUUUCUCUCUCUUUUUCUCACUCUCCAUACAGUUUCCCCUCUCAUUUUCUCUCCUUUCAUAUACAAUGUUUCUUCUUUUCCCUCCUUGCAUACAAAGUUUCUCUCCAUUUUGUCUCCCUCCAUCAACAGUUUCUCUCCAUUAUUUCUCUCCUUCAGUACCCCAUUUCUCUUUUUCUCUCCUUACAUACACAAUUGCUCUUUAUUUUUCUCUCCAUCCAUACGUAAUUUCACUCUUUUCUCCCCUUCCAUACACAGUUUCUCUCUCUUUUCUCCCCUUCCAUACAGUUUCUCUCUCUUUUCUCCCCUUCCAUACAGUUUCUCUCUCUUUUCUCCCCUUCCAUACAGUUUCUCUCUCUUUUCUCCCCUUCCAUACAGUUUCUCUCUCUUUUCUCCCCUUCCAUACAGUUUUCUCUCUUUUCUCCCCUUCCAUACAGUUUCUCUCUUUUCUCCCCUUCCAUACAGUUUCUCUCUCUUUUCUCCCCUUCCAUACACAGUUUCUCUCUCUUUUCUCCCCUUCCAUAGAGUUUCUCUCUCUUUUCUCCCCUUCCAUACAGUUUCUCUCUCUUUUCUCCCCUUCCAUACAGUUUCUCUCUCUUUUCUCCCCUUCCAUACACAGUUUCUCUCUCUUUUCUCCCCUUCCAUACACAGGUUCUCUCUCUUUUCUCCCCUUCCAUACACAGUUUCUCUCUCUCUCUUUUCUCCCCUUCCAUAUUCAAUUUUUCUCUCUCUUUUCUCCCCUUCCAUAUUCAAUUUCUCUCUUUUCUCCCCUUCCAUAUUCAAUUUUUCUCUCUUUUCUCCCCUUCCAUAUUCAAUUUUUCUCUCUUUUCUCCCUUCCAUACUUUCAAGUUCUCUCUCUCUUUUCUCCCCUUCCAUAUUCAAUUUUUUUUCUCUCUUUUCUCCCUUCCAUAUUCAAUUUUCUCUCUUUCUCCCCUUCCAUAUUCAAUUUUUUCUUUUCCCCUUCCAUAUUCAAUUUUUUCUCUUUUCUCCCCUUCCAUAUUUCUUUUUCUCCCUUUUUCCCCUUCCAUAUUCAAUUUUUCUCUUUUUUUCCAAUUUUCCAUAUUCAAUUUUUUCUCUUUUUCUCCCCUUCCAUAUUCAAUUUUCUCUCUUUUCUCUCUUUUUCCAUAUUCAAUUUUUUCUCUUUUUUCUCCCUUCCAUAUUCAAUUUUUUUCUUUUUUUUCUUUUUCUCCCCUUCAAUUUUUCUCUUUUUUCUCCCCUUCAAUUUUUCUCUCUUUUUUCCCUUCAAUUUUUUCUCUUUUUUUCCCCUUCAAUUUUUUCUCUUUUUUUCUCCCCUUCAAUUUUUCUCUCUUUUUUCUCCCCUUCAAUUUUUCUCUCUUUUUUCUCCCCUUCAAUUUUUCUCUCUUUUUUCUCCCCUUCAAUUUUUCUCUCUUUUUUCUCCCCUUCAAUUUUUCUCUCUUUUUUCUCCCCUUCAAUUUUCUCUCUUUUUUCCCCUUCAAUUUUCUCUCUUUUUCUCCCCUUCAAUUUUUUCUCUUUUUCUCCCCUUCAAUUUUUUCUCUUUUUUUCCCCUUCAUUUUUUUCUCCCUUCAUUUUUUUCUUUUUUCUUCUUUUCUCCUUCAAUUUUUUCUCUUUUCUCUCCUUCAAUUUUUCUCUUUUCUCUCCUUCAAUUUUUCUCUUUUCUCUCCUUCAAUUUUUCUCUUUUCUCUCCUUCAAUUUUUCUCUUUUCUCUCCUUCAAUUUUUCUCUUUUCUCUCCUUCAAUUUUUCUCUCUCUCUCUCUUUCUCUCCUUCAAUUUUUCUCUCUCUCUCUCUUUCUCUCCUUCAAUUUUUCUCUCUCUCUCUCUUUCUCUCCUUCAAUUUUUCUCUUUCUCUCCUUCAAUUUUUCUCUUUCUCUCCUUCAAUUUUUCUCUUUCUCUCCUUCAAUUUUUCUCUUUCUCUCCUUCAAUUUUUCUCUUUCUCUCCUUCAAUUUUUCUCUUUCUCUCCUUCAAUUUUUCUCUCUCUCUCCUUCAAUUUUUCUCUCUCUCUCUUUCUCUCCUUCAAUUUUUCUCUCUCUCUCUUUCUCUAUGGUGUUUCUUUCACUCCUUCUGUAUGCCCUUUCUCUCUACCUCAUUUUCUUUUCUCUCAUAUGUUUUUUCUUUCCCUUCCACUCACCAUAUUUCUCUUUUUCCCUUUCUUUACCCCUCGCCCCAUAAUCAUUUCUCUUGCUCUCUUUUCCUUUCAUCCCCUAUGCUGUUUUCCUCUCUUUUUUUUUUUUAUCUUCUCCUCUACGUCAUUUCUCGUUUUCAUUUUAUCUCCUCCUGCAUUGUUUCUCUCUCUUUUUGUCUCAUCCUCUAUCAUUCUUCUCCUUCUCUUUUCCUACUUCUGAUUCAUUUUUUCCUCUGUCUUACUCUUUUUCUCUCUUCCACUGCAGUGUUUGUCUCACUACACCAUUUUUUUUCUCUCUCUCCUCCCCUGUGUCGUUUUUCUCUCGCUCUCUCUCCUCCCCUGUGUCGUUUUUCUCUCGCUCUCUCUCCUCCCCUGUGUCGUUUUCCUCUCGCUCUCUCUCCUCCCCCGCGCCGUUUUUUUCUCUCUCUCUCUCGCCUCCACUGCAUAUUUUUCCCCUUUCUUUCUUGUCACCACUGCACCGUUGUUUUUCUUUCUCUCCUAUGCCAUUUCUCUUUCCUUCCCUUAUCUUUUUUGUUUUUACUUUUUUCUCAUUCUCUCACUUUGUUCUUCUCUACCCCACACUUUUGCCUCACUUUGUUCUUCUCCCCCCUCCCACUUUUGCCUCCUUUGUUCUUCUCCCCCCUCCCACUUUUGCCUCACUUUGUUCUUCUCCCCCCUCCCACUUUUGCCUCCUUUGUUCUUCUCCCCCCCCCACUUUUUGCCUCACUUUGUUCUUCUCCCCCCUCCCCUUUUGCCUCACUUUCUUCUUCUCCCCCCUCCCACUUUUGCCUCACUUUCUUUUCUUCUCCCCCCUCCCACUUUUGCCUCACUUUGUUCUUCUCCCCCCUCCCACUUUUGCCUCACUUUGUUCUUCUCCCCCCUCCCACUUUUGCCUCACUUUCUUCUUCUCCCCCCUCCCACUUUUGCCUCACUUUCUUCUUCUCCCCCCUCCCACUUUUUUGCCUCCUUUCUUCUUCUCCCCCCCCACUUUUGCCUCACUUUCUUCUUCUCCCCCCUCCCACUUUUGCCUCACUUUCUUCUUCUCCCCCCCCCCACUUUUGCCUCCUUUCUUCUUCUCCCCCUUACUUAUGCUUUACUUUUUGUUCCUUCCUUCCCCCCCUUUGGUCUCCUCUGCUCUCCCAACACUGGUCUCAUUCUGUUUUUUUCCCCCCUCUGAUGUCGCUCAGCCUCCCCCCUUUGAUGUCCCGCUGCUCUUUCCUCUCCUCUUCCCCAGUCUCGCUCUGCCCCCCCCUCCCCGUCUCCUCUGCCCCCCCUCCCCGUCUCCUCUGCCCCCCCUCCCCGUCUCCUUUGCUCCCCCCUCCCGUCUCGCUCUGCUCUUUCCUUCCCCCCCUUGGUCUCGCUCUGCUCUUUCCUUCCCCCCCUUGGUCUCGCUCUGCUCUUUCCUUCCCCCUUGGUCUCGCUCUGCUCUUUCCCUUCCCCCCUUGGUCUCGCUCUGCUCUUUCCCUCACUCCCUUUUGUCUCGCUCUGCCCUUUCCCUCACUCCCUUUUGUCUCGCUCUGCUCUUUCCCUCACUCCCUUUUGUCUCGCUCUGCUCUUUCCCUCACUCCCUUUUGUCUCGCUCUGCUCUUUCGUUCCCCUAUUUCAUCUCACUCUAUUCUUUCCUUCUCCACUUCUGUAUCACUUAGCUCCUCCCCUUUUGUCACACUCUUUCUUUCUCCUCUUUGCAUCAAACCUAUUUUGAUCUCUCUCUCUUCCUCCCUGUCACAGAUUCAACCUUCUUGCAGGAAUGAUGCUAUCUAA